GUGAAAUAUGGUCAGUUCCAAACUACAAACUACAAAAUGCCUGAGUUACCAGAUGAAAUGUACUGCUCGCAGCAGAUCGUCGUCAAUCCAACUUUUCCGUAUCUCCUUAGACAGUAUGCAAAGGCAGCAAUACGCUCGCAACCUUCAGAUUUACUCAGAUGGUCGACUGCAUAUUUCCGCUGUCUCUCGUUGAAUCUUCCUCCCCCAGUGAAACCGCGCCUCGAGUAUCCAAUACCCAAAGAUUACGACGGAAUCACUCCGGGCUGGCUGCGAGCGCUCCUUUACCAAUUUCAAAACAGCGCCUACGUCGAUUUCAAGGUCUUGUGGGACAGAUGGAUCGGAGCUUGCCUUAACCACGGCACUCUAAUUAAGAUUCUAUGCUUGGGAGGUUUCACAGAUCCGCAUGCGAUUCCCUUCUUGCAAUUCAUUGGCCUGUGUUUAGGAUUCAUAUGCGAAAAUUUAACAGAAACUAUGAUCAUGGUCUGCGAAGUCUUAACGGAAGAACCGGAAGGAGGUUCUGCUAUGAUCAAAGUAGAAACUUUCAUCGAUAUCUAUACGUUUUUGGCCUCACUUGACGCCUCGCACGAGCAGACCAUCAUAAAUCAUUACUUCACCGAUGACCUGCUCAAUCUAUAUGAAAAGUUGGAGAAACAACAAGAGGUGUACAAACCGCCGACUCCGAAAACGCCAGAGAAGGAAAUAAGUAUCGUGGAGGAAAUAGCUGAGGAGGAGGAGAAACUUUCGGAUGGUCCUAAAGAUGCCAUAUCGUGUCCUGAUUUAUUGGAAAUUGAAGCUGCGAACGCGGCGGCAGCUUUAGAAAUGCAAGCGGAAGAGGAGGAAAGGGGGGAAGAGGAAACGGAAAGCAAAUCAACAAUUAUAUCCGACAAGGAAAGGACGGAUAUAAUAGAUAAAUAUUUGUCACAUCCUGAGGAGAAAACCGAACAAGUCGAUGAAAAAGUCGAUGUAGAAACUCUGUCAGACGAGACGCUCCCGCUGAUGCCUGGAGAGGAUAAUUUCGAACCUGACCAGGAGACGGUUAUGGACGAGGAGGGUCAGAUUGAUGAUGAUCUGAAGUCGCAAACGUCCGAAAGGUUUUCCGAGCAUGAUGUGCAAUCUGAUGAUUCUCAUGCAGUCGUCGAUCAACAGGAAGAAGAGGAGGCGGAGGAGGAGGAAACGCCGGAGAAGAAGCAGGAGGAAAUUGCCGGUGAAUUCGGAAGUGAGCAUGUGAUAGCGUUGCACAAGAUCGACGAGUCUAUAUGCGGCGAAGAUUUGGAAGAGGAAAAAACGGACAUGUUUACUAUAACAACUGAAGAAGGCGAGGAGGAAGAGGCUGGCGAAGAAGAGGUUACGAAAAUGUCCGCAUCGAAGUUCGAGGAAGAAGAAAUUUUCAUCGAGAUCAUUCCCGGCAUCGGCGGAUUUGUGCCCAUCGAAUUGUUUAAUGCCGUCAUCGAGUAUAUGAAGGCUUGCGCUGCUAAGCAACACGGAAUGGUCAUGCCUAGGAACAUUCGCCACUACAGCUGUCCACCAUUGGAAGUAUUCGAUUGAAUGAACGAACCCGCACAGAAUUUUCAUUACACUUUAUUUUGAUACACAUUCCAUUUAUUUGCUAAAUUAAUCUAAAUAAACUUAUGAUAAAUGCAUGUUGAUCAAUCGCUUUCAAGUUGAUUGGACUUAUUGCAAUAGUUUAUAUCUAAUUUCAAU